AUGAGGAGCCAGAGCCAAGACGAGCGGGUUCCCCAGAGGGAAUGUGAGAAGACCAGGUGUGACGUGACGUGGGCCAGGUGUGGGAGACCUGAAAGUCUCGCAUUCAUUGGUCCACCGAUUGAUAGUCUGGUUGGGAACCUCUCCUGCGUCACAGGUGAUGUUUGGUGUGAGCUGGUGAAAUCUGAGCCCAGCUGUGAUCAGACAGAGUUCUUCCACCCUAAUGGCACUUGUGUUGAAUGCACUGUAUGUGGGCCGGGAGAACAGCUCUCAGAGGACUGUGGUUUUGGAGAUGGUGGUGAAGGUGUCUGUAUACUGUGUGAAGAAGGGAAGUUCAGUGCAGAUACAGGUGUAGCUCCCUGCAUGCGAUGCACCCAGUGCAAUCUGCUUAACCGCCUGGAGACGACAGUGUGCUCACCUGCCAAUAAUGCCCAGUGUGGUCAAUGCCUUCCGGGGUAUUAUGAACUCAGGAGCAUGACUGGGGAAGUGGAGCUGCCCUGUGUGCCUUGUUACAACCAUGACACAGUCCAUAAAGAGUGUUUGCUUUUGACAGCUCAAGGCUCCAAAGGAGAGAGCGCCGUCGCUGCACCCAGAGGAAAAUUCGAAGACCCCAAAGAGAAGAGAGUAAACGAAGAAACAUUUUCAAUGGUCCUGAUUGGUUCAGCAACAGCUUCCUCGAUUUUCCUUAUUGCUCUGCUGCUUUGGGCUUUCCUUCUUACUGCUGAGAGAUUCAAGCAAGUUCCUGAGCACUGUCCUGGGCCUGGAGGACCAUUGUCUGCAGACAACCUUCAGUACACAUCGUUGUCCAGUUCCACAGAGAGAGCAGCCACACAAUCAGCGGCUCCUUCACAGACAACUCAAGAUCCCCUGAGAGUCCUAAACUCACUGAGCCAUGAGAAUGAGGUGCAUCCUACUUCUAUUGUGAUUAAUGUCACCACCAACAUUAAGCCCUCCAGUCAGAAAGAGGAGAACAUCACACAGGAGGAACUGCAAAGCAGCUGCUAUUCCAUGGAGGAGAUGGAGCAAAAACUUCAGACAAUAUGGGAAGUGGCUCAAGGUCAGAGUAUCGAGAUGCUCGACUAUGACUCAGUCCAGGACUUGUCCCUGCUGCUUGACUCUGCUGACAACAGGGACGUUUUGAGGAGACUGGGGCGGUCUUUGGGUGUCCCGCCUCGGGUCAUAUCUCAUCUCCAUGGCUUCCAGGAUCUCUUUCAGUACCUGCGCACCUCCACCUACACACUGCUGCCCCAACUGGCCCAGGCUGCUUCACUCUUGCCUAAUCCUGAAGUUGUUGCUAGGAUACACAGAGCUGUGGUGAACAAGUGACCACUCAGACCCUGGGGAUGCGUUGCCAUGACUCCAGCUGUUAUACAGUAUUCCUGACCCACUUUGUAUGAUGACACUUUUACCAAAUACAUCCCCCAACACUCACACAACUCUUUGGGAUAUAAAGACAUUCUCCUUACUGAAAUU